AUGGCAUAUUUCUCAGAAGUGGACUUCUCCUGUCCAGUGUGCUGUGACAUCUACAAUCACCCCGUGAUUCUGAGCUGUAGUCACAGUAUCUGUAAAGCCUGUCUGGAGCAGUACUGGGAGACCAAAGGAUCGCAGGAGUGUCCACUGCAGGAAAAAGAGGAAGUCAACGACAAACUGAAGCCUUUGAAGGAUAAACUGGCAGCCUUUGAAGACAUUAAAGUCACUUGUGAUGAAACUGCACUGCACCUAAAAGUUCAGGCCCAACAUACAGAGAAACAGAUCAAGGAGGAGUUUAAGAAGUUGCACCGGUUUCUACGAGAUGAAGAGGCAGCUAGGAUAGCUGCACUGAGGGAGGAAGAGGAGCAGAAGAGUCAGAUGAUGAAGGACAAGCUGGAGAAGAUCAACAGUGAGAUCUCAUCUCUUUCAGACACCAUCAGAGCAAUAGAGGAGGAGAUGGGAGCUGGUGACAUCACAUUCUUAUUGCACCUGUGACUCUGGAUCCCAACACUGCAAACUCAUAUCUCUCCCUGUCUGAUGACCUCAUGAGCGUGACUCUUGGUGAUAAGUGGCGGCAGCUUCCUGAUAACCCAGAGCAAUUCG